UUUUAUUUUUUAUUUUGUGUGGAUGCAGUCACCGAAGCUCCGUGGCUUUGCCUCUCUUUCUUUCUCCCCCUGUGCCUCUUCCUUCACAAUCUAGAAAAGACUUCCUCUCUUUUUGUCUCUCAGCUUAGAUUUCAAUAACUUUGCUUCAAUAACUUUGUUUUGUUUUUUAUUUGGUCUGUUGUCUCAUUGUAUAUGUAUACGCUGUAAGAACUAAGAUUGAAUCUUGUGUUGAUAAAGUUUGUUCCUUUUGGAAGUGAAGGACUUGUUUUUGUUAUUGUUUCUUGUGUUUUUCUGUGUUUGUUGUUCUGGGUCAUUUUUUUUUUUUUGGUUGUUGUUGUUGUUUGUGUGUGUUUUUUGAGAUUAUAGAGUGAAAGACCCGAGCUAUUUUAGGCUCGGGGGAUCCAGAUCAUGGCUUCAGUGAAAGAAAAAGAGCUCCAUCAAUGGAUUGCAGGAGAACCAGUCUCCAACUCUUGCUACUUGCAGAAGUUCAGACUCUACGAGACCCGCUCGAAAUUUUAUAUGAUUGGAAGAGAUAAGAACAGGACUUUUUGGCGGGUGCUAAAGAUUGACAGAUUGGAGCUUUCUGAGUUAAACAUUCUUGAAGACCCUACAAAAUACUCAGAAAUCGAAUGCUAUGACUUGCUAAGGAGGAUUCAUGAAGGAAACAAGCGUACGGGUGGACUUAAAUUUGUCACCACUUGUUAUGGAAUCAUUGGGUUCAUCAAAUUUUUAGGUCCUUAUUACAUGCUGCUUAUUACAAAAAGAAGAAAGAUCGGUGCAAUAUGUGGGCACGCAAUUUAUUCCAUUGCCAAGAGCGAGAUAAUUCCAAUUCCAAAUUCUACUGUGCGGUCCGAAAUGGCUAAUUCUAAGAACGAGAACAGAUACAAGAAGCUCCUAUGCACAGUGGAUUUGACGAAGGACUUCGUUUUCAGCUACUCCUACCAUGUCAUGCGUAGUCUUCAAAAGAACUUAUGUGAUAAUAAGGCAGAAGAAUUACUUUAUGAAACAAUGUUUGUAUGGAAUGAGUACCUAACUCGUGGAAUCCGAAAUAACCUCAAAAAUACUCUCUGGACCGUUGCCUUAGUGUAUGGCUUCUUUAAACAGGUCAAACUUUCUGUAUCUGGUAGGGACUUCAACUUGACCCUAAUUGCUAGACGAUCACGUCAUUAUGCUGGCACCAGAUAUUUAAAACGAGGUGUCAAUGAGAAGGGUAGAGUAGCUAAUGAUGUUGAGACAGAACAGAUUGUUUAUGAAGAUUCUCCAGAAGGAUACUCUAGGCAAAUAAGUUCUGUUGUGCAGAACCGGGGAUCAAUACCCCUUUUCUGGUCCCAGGAAACUUCUCGAUUGAAUCUCAAACCUGACAUUAUAUUAUUGAGGAAGGACCCUAAUUAUGAAGCCACAAGACUUCAUUUUGAAAAUCUUGCCAAGAGAUAUGGAAAUCCCAUACUUAUAUUGAAUUUAAUUAAGACACGUGAGAGGAAACCUCGAGAGACUGUUCUUCGUGCUGAGUUUGCAAAUGCUAUCAGAUUUAUUAAUAAAGAUUUAAGUGUUGAGAAUCGCCUUAGGUUUCUUCACUGGGAUCUACAUAGACACUCUACAAGCAAAGCUACCAAUGUGUUGACUCAGCUAGGAAAAGUGGCUGCAUAUGCUUUGAACAUAACCGGCAUCUUCUAUUGUCAAGUAACACCAAAUUUAAGGCCAGAGGGAUUAUUGAAUUGUUCCUGGUUUGAGAAAAGUAAUAGUGGGGACUGCUCUCUGGAGAACUUUUCCAGCAGGAAUGAAGAUUCUGAUAACCCGGAGAAAGAAGUCAGCAAUAGUAGUGGUAGUAAUGAUGCAAGUGGAGACUAUCAUGUCAAACACCCAAUGUUUCAAAAAGGAGUUCUAAGAACCAAUUGCAUAGACUGUUUAGAUCGCACAAAUGUUGCACAAUAUGCCUAUGGGCUAGUUGCCCUCGGACGUCAGUUGCACGCUUUAGGAUUUUUAGAUUCCCCAAAUAUUGAUCUAGAUAACCCUCUGGCAGAGGAAUUAAUGCGAGUUUAUGAAACUAUGGGUGACACACUUGCAUUGCAAUAUGGUGGUUCUGCAGCACAUAAUAAGAUAUUUUCCGAGAGACGAGGCCAGUGGAAAGCAGCAACUCAGUCGCAGGAGUUCUUUAGAACCUUACAACGGUUUUACAGUAAUACCUGUAUGGAUCCUGAGAAGCAGAAUGCCAUUAAUGUGUUCCUGGGUUACUUCCAGCCACAACCAGGUAAAGCAGAGCUGUGGGAGCUGGAUUCAGACCAGCAUUACAAUGCUGGGAAGCGUAGCCCUAAUUUUGCCGAUGAGAAUAUUAGGUCAUUUAUUAAAAGAUCACUAUCGGAUGGAAAUAUUGUUGACUCAUCUGUGGUGGGCACAGACAUUGGACAUAACGAGCCUUUGUCUGAAAAAGGGCAAGGAGGUAACAAAGGUCUUUCAGAGUCCACGCCAGAGAUCUCAACUUGUGAAAGUGAUAUAUCUUAUUGCAGGUUUACUCCUUCAAUGUCUCGCAGGCAGCUCUUUAGAGAUAUGCUAGAGGACCAAUGUUCUGAAAGCAAUCACAUUUGUUAUGACGACCAUGGGGAUGCAUGUACAUGCUCAAAUUAUCUUGAUGUGGACUGGCUUUCUUCGUCUGGAAAUUCUUGUGAAGAAGAAAUAUAUGAAAGGUCUAUGACCAGCCUUUCAUCGGAAAAUUUUGCGGAUGGGCUUAAGAUUGACACAACCACAUCUGCAAGUGAGUCUAGAAGUAGCAUGAAGAUAAUCAAUUCCAUUGGUACUUCUUUAGGAAAGGGAGCAGUCUGGAAUGGAAAUCAUGAAUGAUGAUGUCUCUGCUGGAUUUUCCGGAAAUUUUGCAGAGUGGGUAACUCAUGGCGAGAUGCUGUUCCGCUAAAGUUCACUUAAAAGGUUUUUUCUUGUCAUUACAUUUAUUCCCACCAUCAUCUGAUUCAACCCGUCCGAAGGAUUUGGGUUCCCCGUAUAGAAUAAAUGGUAAGAUACCAAUCAAAAGAGAAUACCAUUGGCAUUUGGUGGUGGCUAUAUUCUUCCAGACAAUUAAUUCUCAAAGUCAUGUAAGAUUUGCAGCAUUUAUUCGAUAUCGAAAUCCUCCAUGUGGGAAUGAUAUCGAAGUUCAAUAAGUAAAAUACCAAUAGCUAAUUCUUUCUGGAGUAUUAACUGCAUUUCAUCAUCUAGGUUCGAAACUUGCAAAGAUUUUUACUUUGUAAAUAUGAUAUGAAGAGCUCUUAACUCCGCCGAUUCCCCUAGAUUUUAGACUGAAAGUUCUCGACCUUGUAAAUAUCUAUAAUAAUGCUUCAAUUUUAAAUCUCAGACAUUCAGUUCUAGUUA